AUGGCACGAAUUCUUGAUAUAAUAGAGGAAGAUAAAAUUGCAACAGCAGUUUUAAAUCGUAAAGAACGUCCAAAUCGUUUACUUGUUGAUGAUUCAACUAAUGAUGAUAAUAGUGUUGUUGCAUUAUCACAAAAAAAAAUGGAUGAAUUACUAUUAUUUCGUGGUGAUACUGUAAUGGUCAAAGGUAAAAAACGUCAUGAAACAAUAUGUAUUGUUCUUGCCGAUGACAAUUGUUCAAAUGAACGUAUUCGAAUGAAUCAUGUUGUACGAAAUAAUUUGCGCGUACGUCCUGGUGAUACUGUUUCAGUUCAAGCUUGUUCAGAUGCAAGAUAUGGUAAACGUAUAACAGUUUUACCUAUUGAUGACACUGUAGAAGGAAUGACAGGAAACUUAUUUGAAGUUUAUUUAAAACCAUAUUUUCUUGAAGCUUAUUGA